AGGUUGCAUCGGUCUCAUCCCAGUCUCCCUGGCGUUUAUCGGUGAGGAUUUGGUUUGUGCAGGCUUUUGUUCACAUGACUGUGUGUGUGGGCGUUCUUUUUUCGACUUUUGCGGUGUUGGCAAGUGGGGGCCGUGGAGCUUUUGCUCAGCAUCAAGGGCGUGGGGGUGCUGAGCAAGCGCUCCGUAUGGCGGUCGUGGGCGUAUGGAGAGCAGAAGUGCCCAUCGUCAGUGAUGUGCUGAGAAGCUCUGACUUGGCUGGCUCAAAUGCCCCACGGUCGCAGCGCUUGAUGCCCUUAAAGCGUCAACUUGCCGCCACGGCCGCCACAGUUGCAGCACUCGCAUGGCCAAUGCGCAGCACUCGCCACGGUCGCAAGGUUCGACUCCAAGCUGCCGGACUUGCAACUCCAGGCACCGCUGAUGCGGUCGGGCCGGUGCGCUUUGAGCUGGUUGGUGGGCCUGACGAUGCCUCGGGAGAUGUGCUUCUGUACUUGCCCGACAUUGACUUUCAAUCGUCGUCCAUCCCAAGCUCCCAAUACCCAAACUUGGUAGCUGCAGGCUUCGAGCUUUGGAGCUGCUCCCUGGCGGAGGAUGAUGUGAAGACGGGCUUUGCAGAGCUCUUGCGUUCAAUUGAGAUGUGGUUGAGGAGGAAAGGUAGCCAGAGAGUUGUUCUGAUUGGUGAGGGCUUUGGAGGCCUCCUGGCCUUGGCGCUGGCCUUCCGCACUGGCCGAAGCCUGAAGGGGUUGAUGAUGGUCAACCCGGCAACAGGUUUGGUGCAGCAGCCUUGGAGACAGUUGCGCCCGGGUUUACCUGUGGUGCCAUUGUCAGAGCUCCUGGCCCUGGCGCCUGAGACCGCGACGGUCUCUGAAGCCAUCACUGGAACUUUGGGACUUCGUUCCGCCUCAGCGGCUGCUCGUGCUGGAACUCUCCAAUUUCGCUUGAAGGCGUGGUUGCGUGAUGGCUGGGAGCUGGUCUCUUCUGAGCUUCGCAGACCACCGGAGCGGAACCCCCUGCCCGCGACGGUACUGGCCUUCUCCGAUGAUGUACUGUUACCUUCCAAAGACGAAGGCAACAUGUUGAAGCCCGCUCUCCAGGAGCGUUGCUUGAUCAACAGGCUACAGGUGAAGGAACUGGAGAGCAAGAGCCACGAACCUUUGGUGGGAGACAUCGACUUAGUGGCCAUCUUGAAGGAGUCUCCAAUUUUCCAAGCACCAAAGGAUCCAGUCUCAGACUUCAAGUUCCCCUCCAUGGCCGAGCUAGAAGAAGGCUCGAAGGAUGUUGAGCGUUUGGCAUCUGUGGUCUCCCCGGUCUUUUGCAGCUUUAGCGCCGCUUCUCCAUCGCAGAGAGUUUUUGGACUAGAGGGAGUCCCUACUCCAGCAGAUGUGGGAGAGCGCCCUGUGCUGCUGGUGGGCAAUCAUCAGCUGGCAGGAGCAGAUCUGGGUCCCUUGGUGCGAGAAUUCCUGGUCGAUCGGGGGGUUCUGACCCGUGGCCUCGCCUAUCCUGGAGCCAUGCGCACGCGGGAGGGUCAAGGCCCUCCUCAGUUCCAGCGCUUCGGCGCGGUGCCGGUUUCGCCUCGCAACAUCUUCAAGCUCCUGCAGCAAGGUGAGAUGGUGCUCCUUUUUCCCGGCGGCAUCCGGGAGGCCUUGCACGGCCCCGGUGAGGAAUACCAGCUGUUUUGGCCCAACAAGACGGACUUUGUCCGGGUUGCUGCACGCUUCAAUGCCGUCGUGGUGCCAUUUGGUGGGAUUGGAGCGGAUGACAGCGCGCAGGUGCUCGCCAACCUGGGCGACCUGCGCCAGCAGGCCGAGAAGGUCGUACCCUGGAUGGCGAGAAGUCAGAAGCGUUCGGGCGGGCUGAUGCCUGUGUCCGAGUCGUUGGAGGGUGGCCUGGGCUUCCCUCUCAUUGCCCCAAAGGUAAGUUCAUCACUCUUCGCGACCGAAAGCGAAUCUGGCUUUGGAGAUCGCUUCUAUUUCAGCUUUGGGAAGCCCUUCGAUCUUAAAGAGGUCAACCCCAAGGACAGGGAUGCUUGUGCCCAAGUGUACAGCAACAUUCGUGCAGCUGUGGAGCAGGAAAUGGCCUGGCUGCAAAAGGCACGUGAGCAGGAUCCUUACCGGGACUUUGUCAAACGACAGCUUUAUGAGCGAGUGGCUGCCUUGGAGGGGCCAGUGCGACGAAUCCCAGACGGGCCACUGGAAGGUGAGCUUGUGCAGAGCUACGCCAAGCGAGCACCGUCCUUCGACCUCAACCUGGUGCCACCCUUGACUGUGCGGCCUGAACCUGCGAUUGAGCCAUGAAUUCUGGGCCUGCCGUCGGGAACGCUGUUGUAGCUUGAGUGACGCAUGGGGAUGCUUGUAGCAGUUGAAGUGCAACCAUUUUCAGUGGCCGGGACGUGGCACAACUAGCCCCAAGGGAUGAAGAGCAGCAAGCUGCUGGACUCGUGUUGUC